UGUAUCUGUGUCCAGUAUGAAUGAAAUUAGAGGUAGGUUCGUGAGCCAAUGCUAACUAGGGUUAGGGUUAGGGUUAGGCUAGACAAGAAGCUAGGGUCAGGGGUUCUGCUCAAUUUAAUUUCAAUUAAAUUGAAGAGGGGCUACAUUUCUACAGCCCUAGUGGCAGGGGCUCAGCUUUGUUGUUUUUUCAAAUUCGACAUUGCCUCUUUGUUGCAUGAUCAGAACCUAAUCAAAAUGACUAUAAACUGCCAAACAUGACAUGACCACAAUUGUUUAUCAACACGUUCUGAGUGGCGAGACACCUGUGGGAAUGGCAUCAUCAUUAAAGGAGAAGUAAGAUUAUAGGUGCUAACAGGGCCCUCUGGUACGUGUAUUAGUUCUCCUAUUUACCAGAAUCCUUACUUUGACAGAAGACUCAUCUGAAAGCCGUGGCAUAAAGUGGUUGCCAUGACACAGGUCAUAGAGGUCACAUACUACCUCUGUUGCUCAAUUGUCAUUUGGUCAUGGUCAUGCAGUAUAAAGUACACUUAUUCAUUCUUGAAGAAUUAGAUGUGUUAUCUUUGCUUACGCUUGAUUGCCAUCUUGGCAGAUUAUGAUGCACAAUCCUGCAUUGUUACAAUAUCUGUUGCCAACUGAAUCACGUGGACUCAUCAGACGCAGUGAACAACAUAGAGUAGGAGUCUCCACAGAAUAAAACCAUGAUUUCAUUGGCUGUGGAGCAGACAGAAUACUAAACAGUUCCAAAAUGUUGUUGUGAUCAUUUUUGGGGCGUCCCUUUAGCAGCAUCCGUCUGUUUAUAUAAUACUCAGAGGAAAGUCUAGGUGCUCGUAGAGCCUGAGGCUGAAGGAGGGGGUACAUGGUUUGCUGACUAUGAUUAGGUGAGAUUAAACUUUUCAUAUGCAUGAUCUAUAUUACACACCAUCAUUUCAUAACCAAUUGUUCAACAAGUCAACAUGACGACAGUGUUGACUUGUCUCUUUGUUUCCCUCAGCUGAAAGGAUCCUGACCAGAGCUCAAAAUCAACCACCUUUAAUUCUUAGUGCUUCCCAUAGACAAAUACGGAUUGAGGUAUUGAUUGCUGAGAACUAAUGAAAUACAUACACAAUAUUUGUAGAUAUUAAGGUGAGUAUAGGUUUGAGGUUUUAGUCAUACUACUUUUUUGUAUUUUCAAAGGAACAAGAAUAAGAAAGAUGACAUUCCAACGUCAUUUUACAUACAUUUACAUACUAUGAAUAUAUAGUAUUUAAGUUUGAUAAAAACUGGGUUUAUUAAAAGUGUAACUAUUUCAUGAAGAUAUGGGAUGGGAAGCAUUAUCAGCAGGAUGUGUUGUAUUUUCAGAAGCCCAAUAAUCUGACUCAGAACAACGUUUUGGACCAGCAGUUCGGUGUUCCGUCUGUUACAGUAACACUAUUCUUGCAAAACUUUAAUUGAAAGCCUAAAACACCAGGUGGAAUGGACUUCUCAAAUACUUCGAACCUCAACAGCACUGUGAAAUCACAGACUCUUUUCUGCUACGAGUCUUUGAGUGGAUCGUGUGUGAGGUUUGCUCGACCCCUGAGCGUUCAGGUUCCGAUGUUCACAUCGAUGGUGUUGGCCAUACUGGUGACUGUUAUUGGGAACCUUCUGGUCAUCACCUCCAUUGCACACUUCAAGCAGCUUCAAACCUCCGUAAACCAACUGCUCGUCUCCUUGGCUGUGUGUGACCUCCUUCUGGGAGUGUUUGUAAUGCCGUGCAGUGCUGUGCGCUCUGUCCAGGGCUGUUGGUACCUAGGAGGGUUUCUGUGUAAGCUCCACACCAGCACUGAUAUUAUGCUGAGCACAUCCUCCAUCUUCCAUCUAUCCUUCAUCUCCAUUGAUCGUUACUUUGCUGUCUGCAGGCCACUGUCGUACAGACUGAUCAUCACCAAUAACACUGUAUUGAUCAUGAUCACCACCAGUUGGCUGGUCCCUGCCAUUUUUGCUUAUGGAAUGAUCUUCGCUGAGAUCAAUCUGAAAGGCAAGGAGGAUUUCUAUGAAACACAUGUCAAGUGCGUUGGAGGCUGUCAGGUGUUCUUUAGUCCAGUGGCAGCUUUAGUAGUAUCCUCCUUCUGUUUUUACAUCCCAGGCAUGAUUUUGAUUUGUAUAUAUUCCAAGAUAUAUUGGGUUGCCAGGGUUCAGGCCAGGUCCAUUAAAGAUUUAUCUCGUCAGUUUAAAGAGGCAGACUCUGGACGUAGAGAGAGACGAGGGGCAAAUAUUCUGGCAAUAGUAGUGGGAGUGUUUCUAAUCUGCUGGAGUCCCUUUUCCUUGUGCCUCAUCAUUGACCCUUUCAUACAGUACUCCAUCCCCCCGCUGUUGGGGGAUACCCUGGUUUGGUUUGGAUAUUUGAACUCUGCUUUUAACCCUAUUGUCUAUGCUUUCUUUUACACUUGGUUCAGGAGGGCUUUGAGAAUCAUCAUCAGUGGUCACAUCUUUCACAGAGGUUCUUGUAGAUUUAGAUUGUAUUCUGAGUAAAGUUUCAGUUGACAUUGUAUGAUGUGUGUUCAAAUAAAUCUAUGAAUUAUGAUGGGAUGUAACAUGUGACAGUUAUGCAACUAAAAGAUAAAGCUUGAGUGAAAAUGUAACUGAAGAUGCUUUUAACCUGUUUCAUAUAAAGCUGUUUGCCUGAAAUAAAUGUGUUUCAAUGCCUGUGACACUUGUGCCUGUCACCUUGUUUAAUAGUGUUCUUUGUCUCCUCCUAGUGCCGGAACAGUAAUUCUGUGACCCACCUGAAUUUCUUUGAA